AUGGAACAAACAUGGACGUUAGAACGUACAUGGAGUGGAGCCGAUUUAUCAAAUGGAUGGUCUUCAACUGUUUCGGAAUACGGAUAUUGCUGUACAAUACAGUGUACGAAGAAGAAAUCAUAUGAUGAAUGGAUAUUAAGCGUAAAUCCGGAGGAGCAUUGUGCAUAUUCAUUACUUGUUGAUGUAGUACUAUCCGUUGGCGCUUUUCAUUUCAAGGUUUAUAGAGAUUUAUGGGAUGUAUCGAGUGUUGUGUUGCAAGAGGAAACACGAAGUGGAUCCAGAGUUGAUGUAACAUUAAGGUUGCGAGUUAUUGAAACACUGUCACCGCAGGACCUUAGUGGACAAACACCAUACAGAGAUUUUGAAAUAAUUUGUAAGGGACGAUCAUGGUUUGUUGAUGUGACAUAUUUGGCAUCCAUCGGAGGGAAACUGUUUACCGAGUGGAAUGAACAGCGAUCGAAGGGUAUAAAAAAGUGCUGGAUAGAUGGUAUUUCAACCUAUGAAUUAGAUUGUCUCAUUGAUGCGACAUCGAAAUAUCGACAGAUUGUUGUUACAAGGCUUGUCAUCACAGCAUUCGUACUUUAG